CACAAACACACACACGCUCACACUCACACACUCGACCCUUCUCUCACACGUUCACAUAACUUCACGGUGGAGACCUCGGUGCCGCACGGAGCGCCGGGCUGACCUCUCGGAGAAGGAGCUGUGGCCGCCUCAUCGGAAGGGGAAAUGAAGAGAAGGCUCCACAAGAAAUACUUGAUUUUGAUACUGGCAUACUCGGGGCUACUUUUGUUUAUCCCGUACGUGUUGGAUUACCGGGACAAAUCUGUCCACGCGAAGCGCGGACCGCCGCAGCAGCAGCACCGGUGCCCAGAUUUGGAGCACACGGUGGCGCUGCUGUGGGAGGACGGUAACAGGCUCAACGGCAGCGAGGCGAUGGAGUACGCCGCCAACCGGAGCUCCCGGUCCCGCGUGCACAUCUACCUGCACGCCACCUGGAGGACGGGCUCCUCGUUCCUGGGGGAGUUGUUCAACCAGCACCCCGACGUCUUCUACCUCUACGAGCCGAUGUGGCACAUUUGGCAGGCUCUGUACCCGGGCGACGCCGGCAGCCUCCAGGGCGCAGUGCGCGACAUGAUGAGCGCCCUGUACCGCUGCGACUUCUCCGUCCUCAAGCUGUACGCCGGCACGCAGAACAUCACCACCUCGUUCAUCUUCGGCUGGAAGAUGAACAAGGUGAUAUGCUCGGAGCCGCUGUGCGACGCGCACAAGCGCCACGAAGUGGGCCUGGUGAAAGAGGACCAGUGCGCCAAGUGCCAAAGGAGGGACAUCAGGGAGCUGGAGAGGGAGUGCAAGAAGUACCCGGUGAUGGUGAUCAAAGGGGUGCGCGUCCUGGACCUGAGCACCCUGGUGCCCCUGAUGAAGGACCCGGCGAUCAACCUCCAGAUCGUGCAGCUCUUCAGGGACCCGCGGGCCGUGCACAACUCGCGCCUCAAGUCCAAGCAGGCGCUGGUGAAGGAGAGCAUCCAGGUGCUCCGGAGCAAGAAGCAGGCCGACAAGUACAAGCGGCUGCUGGCGCCCAGCGGCCGCGUCAACCGGGCCGAGAGCUACGUCUCCAGCGCCAUGGAGCUCAUCUGUGACAACUGGUUCAGCGACAUGAUGCUGGUGAUGAACGCGCCGCCCUGGGUGAGGAGGAGCUACCUCCGCCUGCGCUACGAGGACCUGGUGCUGCACCCCAUGGAGGAGCUGCAGAGGCUCUACCGCUUCUCCAACCUCUCCAGCUUCCCUGCCCUGGAGAGGUUCGCGCUCAACAUGACCCACGGCCAGGGGUAUUCCUCGGACAAGCCCUUCCUGAUCUCGUCCAGGGACGCCAAAGAGGCCAUCUACGCCUGGAGGGAGCGGCUCAACGUGGAGCAGAUCAACCAGGUGGAGGCCUACUGCAGUGAAGUGAUGAGGCAGCUGGGGUACGAGAAGAACAACUCGGACAAGGCUACAUGAGGCCGUGGCUCGAGGAAUGGACGGGAUAAAGGGGCCUGGUAUUCGGAGCUGAGGGUGAAAGGCGGAAUAACAACACGAGCAGCUGGAAUGCGAUCCACCGGGAGCUCGCGAGCGCGACUCCUGGGUUGUUUUCCCCCUCGGCCGAGCCGGGUCGACGAACUGGGGAAAAUCCAAGUGGACAGGGGCAGCCAAUCACAGACAGAUGACUUUGUAAGAGGAAGAAGGCAGCUUGUUUUCCCAGUGUUACCUGGAUAACACCGGCGGGGUCUGGACUCUCUAUGUGGGAUAGGAAGAAUGUGGGAGGGGAGGUAAACAUAGAUGAGAGAGAGAUGGGGCCGGGUUUGUACUGCCGACACUCUGGCCUCCCUCUGUCCUACUGUUCUUUUAGUAGCACUAAUCCCCCCCCUCAAAUCCCCUGCAGACGAGGGCCAUAAAAAGCUCAAGAUGGGCCCUUCCCUGGAGACGCCAGGGCGACAGCGUCAGGUUUGCCCUCACCUGCGCGACUCCACAGUAUCCGUGCUGCUCAUGACCAAGCGUGACGGUGAUCCCGAGCAAUUCCGACACUCAAUAACUGCAACUAGCUCACUAACCGCUCUAACGUAGAGCUCUGGUAGGAGAAACUACAGUAUUUUCUGGAAAGGAGGCCAGACUGAGGAACUAUUAUUUAACCCCCCGACCCCUCAGGAAUCUGGACAGCUGCAACGCCCCACUGACAAAAAACGCACAUGGGUGUGACAUUUUUGAAUAGCCCAUGGAUGCAUCGUGGAAAAUCUGCCUCUGUCCUCUGCCAAUGGGCGUCUUAGCAAGCACAUGCAACAGAUGGUACUGAAUGAUAUUGUGUUGUUUGUAGUUUUGUCCCAAAAAAAAACGUUGUAAAAUGCUGCGAUAUCCCUCCGGUUAAGGAUGUGUAGGGUGAGAGGGGGAAAUACUUUGCCAGCAUCUUCGUGUUCAACUUUAGAAGUUGGUUCUGUGAAAAUUCUGUUCUGGAUGGAAUGUCUGAAGUUCUCUCGUCAAAGAAAGAAAUAACCUGUAUUUAAAACUGACCGCAACGAAGAGUUAGUAAAAAAACUUAGAAAAGCA